AUGACAAACUUCUAUUUCAGAAUCAUUGUUAUAGGUCUUUAUUUUACUGGAACAAUGACAAAUCCAUCAAGAAAAAGCAGUAUUUUAUUCAAUUCUGAGUGCCAAUGGAAUGAAUAUCUUCUGGCAAAUUGUUCUUUCACUGCAAAACAUGAUAUACCUGUGGACAUAUCACAGACAGCAGCUAAAGUGGAUGUAAGUUUCAGUUUCUUUAGAGUUCUUUUACAGUCUCACAUGAAAAAAGAAGACUGGAAAAUAAAAUGUUUGGACCUCAGUAACAAUCUCAUAUCAAAAAUAACUUUGAGCCCUCUCACAUAUUUACAUGCUUUGGAAAUAUUAAACCUCAGCAACAAUGCCAUCCACUCCAUCCCAUUGGAUCUACCCAGGCCUAAGUUCUUAUUUGUGAAAUGUUACAGAAGCAGCUUCAGAAGUGGGCUUCCAUUUCUAAGGGUGCUAAUUCUUCGAAGAAAUAAACUCAUUUACAUUCCCAAGGGACUGUGGAAACUGAAGUCAUUGCAGAGUUUGGAUCUGUCAUUCAAUGGGAUAUUGCAAAUUGGGUUGUCUGAUUUUCAUAACUGCCUGAAACUGGAACACCUCUACUUAAAGAGCAACAAGAUAUUCAAAAUUCACCCAGAAGCCUUCAAGGAUCUCAAAAAAUUACAGGUUGUAGACCUCAGCAACAAUGCUCUGGCCACUAUACUACCGAUGCUGAUCCUUGCUCUAGAACUUCCCCAUCUGGAGGUUGACUUGGCUGAUAACCAAUGGCAGUGUGACAGUAGCAUGGCAGUCUUCCAAAAUGUCAUUUCUGAAUCCUGGAGGAAAAAGUGGAAUGUAAUUUGCAACAAGUCUACAGGGAAUGAGGAAGCCUACUGGGGGACUUCCAAAAGCAGAAUUUCCAGGGAGGCCCACCUUCCUCACUUUAACCUGAAUCACAUGAAAAGCCUCAUGAGGAGCAAAGCAGAGAAGCACUGGGAAGGAAGGUACAUGCGCUUUUCCACUUUGGGGAGGAAGACACGUAUGGUCUCUGAUCUCAGGGAGAAGCAGAGCCCACAGCCAAGAAGGGUUAGGAAUGCCCGGGACGUGCACACUACUGGCAGAAAGAAAGACGAUUCCCAGCACCUCGCCCUGGCCGUCUGCCUGUCGGUAUUCAUCACAUUCUUUGUGGCUUUCUGCCUGGGGGCUUUCGCCAGGCCUUAUGUUGAUAGACUGUGGCGACACAGAUGCCGGAACAAAAGCCCUGGUUCAAAUAAUGCCCAUUCAAACGAGGGCUUCUACGAUGACAUUGAGGCUGCAGGGAACAUACAGCGCCCGAGGGCAGACCUGCACCCAGCCUUCCAUGAUCUGAACCUCUGUGAGAACCAGGAUGGUUUCUUGGUGACAGAGCCAAGCCCACACACUGCUGUCAUUCCUGAACAAACUCUGGGAAAGGAGCCUGGCAGUCAGCAGAGCUCAGAACGAUACAGACACAACCCCGGGGCAGGAAGUAGAACCGCUAAUGUGCUUCCAAAUGGCAGCACAGCUCGUGCCAUUCUCCGUGGACAUCCAAAUGCUGAUAAGGAUGGACUAAUUUCAGCAGCCCAGGGCCACAUCUACAAGAAUAAUGUUCUCAGAGAAUCGAAUUAUGAAACUGUGGCCCCAGAAGAUGAUCUGCAUGAGCAUGCAAGGGGCGUCUCUUCAGUAGCUGGCACCUUACAAACUGUCUCUGGCUCUACCCGUAAUGAUUCAAAUGAAUUAGACCUGUCACUCUCGAGGGAAAUGACAGCUUCUCUCUCUAAGAUGCCAACACACACAAAUGCACAGAGGACUGGAGAGAAUAGGGAAAGAUGGGGCACUGAACAGUUACCCUGGGAAAUUACAGGCUCACAGAUGGGAUUUCCUAAGGAAGCACGAGUGAGCGCUGACAUUCAUUUGCUGAGCACACAGCACCAUAGGCUCCAGGGGGCCCAUGUGGAGGAAGAGCCAUCAGCCUGCUGCAGCACCAUCACACACAGUGACCUGGGAGACACGGGCCCAGCGGUCCUUCCUCCAGGAUGGGGUAGUGUCCUGGAUGUCACUCCUGCUAAGGAGGAACCAGUGCAGGAAUGUGUUCCUUCUGACACUCAGUACGAGGUGGACACCAACUGUGAUUCUGAUGAAGGGUCUCUAUUUACUCUGAGUUCAGUGAGUUCAGAGGGUGCAGGGGACGUGACUGGCGAAGAGGCACAGGGCGAGGUGAGCUGUGGGGCCAGGGAGCCCCCACAGGACGAGAGCCCAGGGCUAAGCAAGGACAGCAUUAUGUCAGUAGAAAGUCUUGAGGGCAACAUCGCCUUCCAAAAGAUCCUGGGGAAAUGUGAGAAUCAGGAAGAUGGGUUUGAAAAAUGUCUUCUCUCUGGUCCAGACUCUGGUUUGUACGAGACUCAACAGAAAAGGACUAAUUCGGUGGACAUUUUGCUACAAACACCUACAUGUCCUGGUGAAGUCCCCUUAGAUCCUGAUAACAGUCCCUGA